UAAUAUUCAGUAAAGCAUCAAUAAUUAUAUUCAUCGAAGUCCCAAGCUCAACUUUAACAAAUUAAAUGUGACCAAUAACUAUUGUUCUAAGAAUUAUUUGCAUUCAUAAAAUUUUUUUAGUUAGAUACUUAAUAUGUAAUUAUAUACAUAUUUAUAAUAUUAGAUUAAAAAAUGUUGACAUAAGCUCAUCGUGUUUUUAUGUUACUCCGAAGUCUAAAGAAGUUCAAAAAUGACUUUAGAAAUUAUUAAAUAAUACUUGAUUAAAAAAAAUGGGAAAUUUAAAGUGGACUAAAUCAUCUGUACAAAAACGUCUCCCUAACAAAGUAUCUCAAUUUUAUUAUUCUUAUGGAUUAUUUUGUUCUUCUCAUCCUAUCAUUGCAUUAGUGUUGUCUACAUUCAUAGUCAUAUCAUGCAGUUUAUCCUUGUUUGGUUUGCCACUAUUUAGCAAUGUAGCUCAUUCAAUUGUUACACCAUCAAUCGCACCAGAUAAUGUUACUAAUCGUUGGUUUCAUGGACAUCCUAGUGUAUACAUUCAACAGAUUAUUAUGAGAUCAAUGGUAACGCCUUGGACAGAAGAUUUAGUUUUAUCUGAUGCUUUUAGAGGUCCUCUUGCUGAGUCUUUUAAAUUAGUUGAAAUAAUUAGAAAUUAUCAGUUUGAAAAAAAAAUUUCUUUGACCGAUGUUUGUUUGCAUGUAGAAAAUAUUAACUCUGAUGUUAAAAUAUUACCAGAAUAUAACUGUUUAAUAGUGUCACCAUCUAAUUUAUGGUACCAAGAUCCAGAAAAAUUUCGUGCUGACAGCAAUCUUAUAAAAACAAUUUUCACUUUUCAGAGACCAUCAAAUGUAAAAAUUAGUAUACCAGAGAUAAUUUUUGGGAUGCCUUUAAAAGAAACUGGAAUUAAGAGAUACUCUGUACAUCCUCGUCAAAGAGUUGUUCAAUUUGCCAUAACAAUUUUUAUGAAACGUUUUGUUCCACAGUACAUUCAAGGCUUAAAAAAUCAUCUUAAACAAAUAUAUCCUGUAGAUGUCAAGCAAUCCCAAACACUUUCAGAGACAUCCACUUUUCAUAUUUACUAUCCAGGAGAAGUUAAUUAUGAAACAAUUUUUGUAUUGAUCACUUGUUAUAUGCUAUUAUUUGCAUAUGUUUAUUACUCUAUUCAAAAAAUGGAUGUUUUUGUAUCUAAGGUAGGAAUCAGUUGUGGGGCAGUUAUUACUGUAGUUUCAACACUUUUGACAACUGUAGGAUUGUGUUUCAUUUUUGGAUUAGAUUUUACAAUCAGUUUUCAAAGUCAGAUGGUAUUUCCUUAUCUUGUAAUUGUAGUUGGUCUUGAAAAUAUGUUAAUAAUAAUCAAAUCUGUUGGUUCAACAGCACCUAAUUUAGAUGUAAAAAUAAGGCUAGCUCAAGGAAUCAGUAAAGAAGGAUGGGCUAUAACACAAAACCUUUUGAUUGAAGUGACUAUUUUAACAGGUGGCUUGUUAACUUUUGUUCCAUCUAUACAAGAAUUUUGUAUAUUUGCUAUUGUAGGAUUAUUAUGUGACUACUUUUUUCAAAUGGUAUUUUUUCUUUCCCUAAUAUCUUUAAACAUUAAAUCUGUUGAAGACUCGACUUAUCAAAAAACAUAUUAUCCGUUUUCAUUUGCAAAUUUUGCUAAUAAAAUGCAUAAAUCUAAUCCUCCAGCCUUAAAGCAUACCAGUCGAAGUGGAGUAAUGUUGAAAUCAGCAUCACAUCCGCGGUUAAAUGGUUUACAAAUUAUGGCAUCAUUGGAAGAUCCACACCGUAAGCCACUGUCAAAACGUUUAAGACUUCUUUAUUUUUGGGCUUCUAUAAGAAUUGUCCAACGUGUUCUAAUGUUAAUUAUGAUAAUUUGGAUAUCUGGAAUAAUUUACAACACAAUAACAAUUCAAGAGUUUUUUGAUUUAAGAAAAUCGACCUCUUCUGAUUUACCUAAAUCUGAGCACAAGUCUGAUAUUCAUUUCCCUCUUGCUUGGGAAGAAGGUAGAAGAGCAGUUAUUAUAGAAAAUAAAGCAAGGGUUGCAGACAAAAAAGAAAAUGACAUAGUUAAAGAGGUGAAUUAUACAAAAGAAAAUGAUUUUCCGUAUCACAUACAAUCUUUAAAUGUAGAAAAAUGGCCAUGCUGGCCAAGACUUUCAUGGUAUAAUUGGCCAUUUUUAUUGGGCUUAUAUAACAUAAGUAUUGCAGGAACUUAUAUAUCUAUACCACAACCAAUACUUUUGGCUCACCCUGUAACACCAAAAGAAGCAAUGAAAUUACGAGAACCACUCUAUGAGACUGAUAAAUCAUUUCCAUCUCAUUGGAAGUCAUUAGCUGCUGCUCUUGAUCCUUUUGAUUUUGUUGAUACCCAUAUAGUUGGUCCUUUGGAGAGUAGGAAAGAUAUAAAUAUUGAUAAGUCAUCCGAACCAUUUAUACCUACAUCACCAUCUGAACUUAUGUUAAUUACAGUUUUAUGCUUAAUAAGCAUAUUGGUAUUAGUCUAUACAUUAGUAAUGCUUUAUCGAUGUGUCUGUAGUCGAAAUUAUGCUGAGUGGAGAGCAGGAUGGAGUCAUGAUCUAAAUUAUGUUCAGCAUGAUUCUGGUAUACAGGUUAUCUUAGAAGCUGUACCUAUUGAAUUUAAAGGUCAUAUACAAUCAGUAGAAUGUAUUGCUACAUAUGGAAACAUUAUUGUUAGUACAUGUCUUGGUGGCUGUGUUAAUGUAUGGAAUGCAUUAACUGGAGAAUUAAUUUCUUCUAUUGAUCGAAAAAAUGUUAAUGAUUUAAGUGAUGAUGAUGAAGAUGACAUAUAUUUACUUGAAGACACUUCAAAUGAAUUUUUUGAUGAAUCAUUAAGUUCUGUUAGUAAUAUUCAGUUAUCAGAGUCUCCGAAAAAUACUGAUCAAUUAUGUUCAAGAUGUAAAAAUGUUAUUCUGAGAGAAGAAAAUUAUAAUGACUUAAUAAAUUUUGAUGCAAAAAUAUCUAACAAUAUUCUAAGUAACAAAAAAAUUGAAUGGGAUGUAAAAUCAAAAAAUGAUUCUGAAAAAGAUAUGAUUGACUCACAAAUAUGGUGUGUAGAUUGUAAUGAGAUUGUGGUUGUCUUAGGGUGUGCAGAUGGCUCUCUUCAAUUUUGGGAUUUAUAUAAUGGAUUACUUAAAUGUAAAUGGCUAAGUGAAACAAAAGAUGGAUUUACUGCUAUUAAAUUAAUUAAUAAAUUUGUUGUUGGCGUAAAACUCAGUGGAUCUCUAGAUUAUUUCAAACUUGAUAUAUUCUGUGAAUCUACUUUAGUAGAAACAUCUACAAAGUUAAUAAAUACAUCUUUUCAUAGAAAGCAUAUAAGAACUGGAAGCAUAGGAUCAGCUCUGAAAAUAACUAACUCAUCAAAUGAUGUUGUACGUUGUCUUCAUUUAGAGUCUAUAAAAGCUCACAACCAACCAAUUACAGUUUUAGAAACUAAUGGAGAUUAUAUUGUCACUGGUAGUCAAGAUCAUAUGUUAAAGAUUUUUAGGAUUGAAGAUCGUCAAUUGUUGUAUACAUUACAUGGUCACUAUGGACCUAUAACUUGUCUAUUUAUUGAUCAAGUAAAUCCACACAUGGCAGCUUCUGGUAGUCAAGAUGGAAUGAUGUGUGUUUGGGAUUUAGUUACAGGAACUUGUAUGUAUACAGUGAAAAGUCAUGAUGGAGCAGUUUUAGGUUUAACUUGUUCUGCCAGCUAUGUACUAAGUAUUGGACAAGAUGAUCGUAUUUGUGUUUGGGAUCGAUUUCAAGGUCAUCAACUCAACAGUAUUCAAAUUAAUAAUGUUUAUUGUUAUAACUUGGCUAUGCUAACCCACAAUUUGCUCAUUACUUCUAAGCAGGGCUGUAUAGUAAUAAUGGACGUUCAAACUGGUGAACCUAUCAAAAUAUUUAACUUAGGUGAUUCAGAUUGCAAUGUUGUUACGCAAAUGAUGACGUUAUCUGACAGCAUUGUUUGUGAUUACGGAACUGAGCUACGUGUUGUACGUUUCCCUAUGAUUGCUACUAAGGAAGAUUAAUAGCUUAUUGUUAAAAAAUUAUAAAUAUAUAUAUAUUUUUAUUAUUAGAUUGAUCUCAAACUAUAUUAACAAAUUAAUUUUUAUUGUUAAUUGAGUAUUUUUUUAAAUAAAAUACAAAAAAAAUUA